AUGGCUGACGUUGAAACAUCAUCAUCAAGUGCCACAAAAGGUGGUUCAUCAAAAAAAAAAUUCGAAGUUAAAAGAUGGAAUGCUGUAGCUUUAUGGAUUUGGGAUAUCAUUGUAGAUAAUUGUGCUAUUUGUAGAAAUCAUAUUAUGGAUUUAUGUAUUGAAUGUCAAGCUAAUCAAGCCUCAAACACUAGCGAAGAAUGUACAGUUGCUUGGGGUAUUUGUAACCAUGCUUUCCACUUCCAUUGUAUUUCACGUUGGUUGAAAUCUAGACAAGUUUGUCCACUUGAUAAUAGAGAUUGGGAAUUCCAAAAAUACGGAAGAUAA